GGGGCGGGCGGAGGCCCAGGCCAAGAGCUGGCGUCGAGCGGCUGGAACCGUCCUCCAGUGCAGGAACCUGCGGUGUGAGGUGCGGCGGUGUGAGCGGCGGCACAGAGCAUGUGCGGGCGGACGUCCUGCCACCUGCCCUUGGAGGCCCUCACCCGAGCCUGCGCCUACCGGGACCGGCAGGGCCGCCAGCAGCUCCCGGAAUGGAGGGACCCUGACCGGUACUACCCCUCGUACAACAAGAGCCCGCGGUCCAGCACUCCGGUGCUCCUGUCGCGGCGGCACCUGGAGAAGGGUGCAGACUCAUCUGAGCGGAUCAUUGCUCCCAUGCGAUGGGGCUUAGUCCCAUCCUGGUUUAAAGAAGCUGAUCCCUCCAAGCUGCAAUUCAAUACAACCAACUGCCGUAGUGAUACCAUAAUGGAGAAACGGUCCUUCAAGGUGCCUCUGAGUAAGGGAAGGCGCUGUGUUGUUUUAGCAGAUGGAUUCUACGAGUGGCAGCGACAUCCGGGAACAUACCAGAAGCAGCCAUACUUCAUCUACUUCCCCCAAAUCAAAACAGAAAAGUCAGGCAGCAUGGGCGCUGCAGACAAUCCUGAGGACUGGGAGAAAGUCUGGGACAAUUGGAGGCUGCUGACAAUGGCUGGCAUCUUUGACUGCUGGGACCCUCCAGAGGGAGGAGACUGCCUAUAUUCUUACACCAUCAUCACAGUAGAGUCCUGCCAAGGCUUGAAUGACAUCCACCACAGGAUGCCUGCCAUAUUAGAUGGAGAGGAGGCAGUCUCCAAAUGGCUGGACUUUGGUGAGGUCUCAGCCCAGGAAGCUCUGAAGUUAAUCCAUCCCACAGAGAACAUCGCCUUCCAUCCAGUCUCUACCGUGGUGAACAACUUCCGAAACGACACUCCUGAGUGUCUGCUUCCUGUCGACUUACUCGUCAAAAAGGAGUUCAAGCCAAGUGGCAGUAGCCAGAAGAUGUUGCAGUGGCUGGCCACAAAGUCACCAAAAAAAGAAGACCCCAAAACACCAAAAAAGGCAGAGCCAGAUGUGCCCCAGUGGUCCAGCCAGUUCCUACAGAAGAGCCCAGGCCCCCUCAAAAGAAGCAGUGCAGGACUCCUGGAGCGAUGGCUGAAGCAAGAGAAGGAGGAGGAGCCCAUGGCCAAGCGGCCUCACACCCAAAGUGCAGGACUUUCAGACCAAGGCCUUCAUGUGCCGCACUGAAUGCCAAGGUGACAACAGGUUCCUGCACUUUAUGUGUGUGUAUGUUGGGCAGGGGUUGCUUUGGAAGGAGGUAGCAGUGUUAGUUAAUGGUUAUGGCUUUUGGGGGAGUGGCUGUCCUGGUUGUGACCAGGAAACCCCAUUGGAGCAGGUGGGUGGCCUGGGAAUAGGAAGGGCCACGGUGUCAACUCGUGGUGGGAGGGGAAGGAGCUCCUGUGCCACAGCCCCUCCUGGUAGGACUGAUAGACCUUCCCUCAGAGCCAAACCUGUCCCCGUGUAGCUAGCAGAGGCCAUUUUCUACCUAGCCUUUGGGCUCUUUCACUCUUGGAAUUAAAUUCUUAAAACAUUGUAUUUUUUUUCUGAAUAAAUUAUAUUUGAA